AAAAAAAAAAAAAAAAAAACAUAGAAAAAUAUUGUUCCGAAUUUACCCCUGGGAAAACCCCUUCCACAGUGCCCACUCGCUGCAGGGUUUUGCAGUGAUGAUGAUUCGCGUCGCAGUUAAUCUCUCUAGAGCGGCGACCUCCGCCGCAAGAUCCGCCAGUCUGGGUCUGAAUUCAUCUAGACCCUGCGGUCCCUCUUUGUUAUCACCACCACCGUUCAGAUCGCUUCACGAUGCGAACCCGGUCGCUCUUCAGAUGAUCAAUUACGCCCUCUCCCAUGCCAGGUCACAAAAAUCAGAUGAAUCUUACGCGCAAGGUCUUCUGGUACUGGAGCAGUGCCUUUCCACUCAGCCAAGUGAGGGCCAAGACGCUGAGAAUUCAAGGGGAUUAGUCUUGCUGGCCAUGUCUACCUUAUUCUCUGAAAGAGGGAAUUUUGGUGAAGCAGUUGAGAGACUUCAGAGAAUCGAAGAUUUAAAGCACUCUUAUUUAGGUGUUAGAGUUGCUGCAUUGGAAGCUCUUGUUGGGCUUCAUCUAGAGCUGGGGCAGGAUGAUUCUUCAUCAGUGAUCGCAGAUAAAUGCUUAGAACUAGUUGAGAAAGAAGAUGCAAUAGGUGGUGUUGGAAACCCUGUGGUCUUGAGUGCUUGUGCUAAAGCGGCCAAAGGGAUGGUUGAACUUGUCCGUGGAAAUCUGAAAUUAGCCAUUAUAUGUUUGCAAGGAUUUAAGGAAAGUGAAGGAAUUACUGGUAGUGUUGGUCUAUCAAUUGGAGAACUCUUGCAUGCUACACAGAGUUUUUCAUUGGCAAAAGAGGCAUACCAAAAAGUAAUUCAAAGGGCGUCUGAGAAUAAAGAUUUUAGCGACUUAAAUGCCUUAGCAGCUUGUAAUAUGUCAUCAGAGGAAAUAUUGUUGGCAGCCACGUGUGCAUUAGGACAGCUUGAGGCACACAUGGGAAACUUCGGUGAUGCAGAGGAGAUAUUAACAAGGGCGUUAUCUAAAACAGAGGAACAUUUUGGCCCUCAUCACCCAAAAGUUGGUGUUGUCUUAACCUGCAUGGCUCUUAUGUUUAGGCGUAAAGCAAUGCAGGAGCGUUCAAGUUCUCUUUUGAUUCAAGAGGGACUAUAUAGAAAGGCAUUAGAGUUGUUGAAAGCUCCACUAGUGGAUACAGAUGAUACAGGAGCAAAGGUAGAUAAAACUGAUAUAGUGGCCCUUGCAAGAGGUGGGUAUGCAGAAGUACUCUGCGUCCAACAGAACAGAAAGGUUCAAGGAGAGAAAAUGAAGAGUUGGGCUGAGGCUGCAUGGCGGAACCGCAGGCUCUCCCUCGCCGAGGCACUAGAAAUAUCAGACCCUUCUUUCAAAGUGCCAGUUAUAGAUGCUCGAACCUGCAGGACCAUAUAGGUGUUUUUUUCUUCCCAGGUUCUGCAGCAGGAGUUCACUGUUCAUGUUCUUGAUACAUGACAAAGGAGUGUCUCCAAACCAAUGUACACACGACCUUUGAUCCAUGUGAGACAAAUCCCUCGGAAAUAAAUUUUGUUUUGAAAUGAAAUAGUUUCUGACUCUGAUAUCCAAAGUGCACCCUCGGAACUUGUUUGUCUUAAUUGAUAAGAACCAAUUCAUCAA